CGCUUCUACCCCUACGUACCUUGAGCGCGUCGGGGUACACUCCCGUACCAUCGGCUCACUUUCGGCUCAGCCUUCCAUCACUCCUUCCUCACUUCGCGCCGUCCGUAGUGCACGCCCACACUUCGACCUUUCAAUACCUUGACGGCCAACUGCGGGGCAUCCGCGGCCGGUCGCGACCAGGCAACCCUACGAUACGACCGGGCACCACACCACGCUCUUAUAGGAUUGCAUCUUCACUUAGUUAACAAGCCCAGUGUCGGCAAGCAGAGGUUCAGUUGGAAUUGUCAAUACCGUACCGGUCGUUGAGGGGCACAGAGAAAUGGAUCGUGCCGGCCCUCCUCCCAAAGACAAGGUUGAGGCCCUCAAGGCGAUCGCAAAAAACGCCGGGGUCAACAAGACGCAGCUGCAGUCCCUUUGCGCCGUCAAUGGUUUGCCCAAGACGGGAAACAAGCCUGAUUUGGUGAAACGCCUUGUCGAUGCUAUCCAGCAAUGCGUAGCGCGCGGCGACGGCAUCACUUUCAACACAUUUUACAACAGUUUCGAGACAACCGUACCCUGGUUUCAUAGCUUUGUGGCUAGCACGGGUCUGCUGCAACAACCCAAACCUCAGCCGUCGCAGAUAUCCCAAACCGCAAUCUACCCACCCGUUCAAAAUCACGGAAACAGUUCCAACAGCUACGCCAUGGCUUCCUACGGCGUAGCUAACGGCUCCUACAGCGCGCCCAAGGGCGUCAGCAGACCACUGGACUGGUAUAACCAACAACGUCACGAUUUCCAGUUCAAGCCGAGCGUUUUCUACGAGAUACAAUAUCGAAUUGGGGAGGUCAAGGAUUGCGAACCAAUGCAGCAGCAUAGGCAAACCGUCUCCAUCAAGCUCAGGGUGUCGGAUCAUCCCCAGCUCAGUAAUGUCGGAAACGACCCUUCACUGAGGAUCAUGAUGUACUGCGCUGCCGGGAAGAAUGGCGUCCAAGAUAUCGCCUUUCCCUACCAGUCAGAGCUCAAGGUGAAUGGCGGCGAGGUCAAGGCAAACCUGCGAGGCCUGAAGAACAAACCUGGGUCUACUAGACCGGUUGACAUCACGGACUCGCUGCGUCUACGACCAAACACAUAUCAAAACAACAUUGAUUUUACGUAUGCCCUCACCAGAGAGGUAGGUUCUUUCUACCUAGUAGUAUACCUGUGCAAAACCCCGACUAUCGAGGAACUGGUGUCAAGAAUCACCAAGAAGAUCCGUGCCGAAUCGGUGGUUACCGAGAUCGCAAAUAAGGCUAACGACCCUGACGUGGUUGCUACAUCACAAGUCCUCAGUCUGAAGUGCCCACUGUCGUACAUGAGGUUAAGUAAGCCAUGCCGAGGUCUGAACUGCGGUCAUAUUCAGUGUUUUGAUGCCACUUCAUACCUCCAACUCCAGGAGCAAGGGCCACAGUGGUUAUGUCCCAUUUGCAGCAAAUCUGUUCCCUUCGACCAAUUGGCGAUUGAUGAGUACGCCCAGGGCAUUCUCGAAGCGACUCCCAAAUCUGUAGAGCAGGUCACGAUUGAACCUACCGGCAAGUGGAUAGAACCAGGUGCGGAAAAAGUGACGGUACCCGACUCUGCCGAGGCAAGCUUUGUCGAUGACGAUGACCUGUAUGUUUCGGAAGUCCUCUCGGCAGCAAACCACGACUUCUCGACACCCGGUCGUUCUACUACCGGCGCGUCAACUACACUGAUCGGCACGCCGAUGAAUGGAAGCACAGGGGGCACGCCUUCACUGGCAAGGUCAUCGAACAAUAACAAUAAACGUUCAGCCCCGGAAGUUAUUGAUUUGACGCUGUCAGAUGACGACGAGCCGCCCAGGCCUGUGAAGCGGGCUAACUACGGGAUGAACGCGUACUAUGGAUCCAACUCUUAGGGGGAAGUAUAGGAUGCUGCAAAUGUGCAUCACAGGCACGCUUCAAUGCAAAGGGGUCGCCGUGCUCCCCGUCGCCGUGACAGGCCGGCGCAAUGGACGAAUUAUCAGGCGAAU